GCAUAAAAUGGGUCAGCUUCAGCUCUUAGCCACACAUCUUCCUGACAACAUGAGACCCAGCAGCUUCUUGGUCCUGGCGGUGUUCCUUAUCCUGGGGAUUCUGGCGGCCCAGGCAGCUGUCACCAGAGCUCCUCCUAAAGGGCAAGGCGCUGACAAAGGUCGUGUUCCGGUCAAAGGACAAGGUCUGGUGAGAGGUCAAGAUCCAGUCAAAGCCAAAGGCCCCGUGUCCACGAAGCCUGGCGCCUGCCCCCGCAUUCUGAUCCAGUGUGCCAUGCUAAACCCCCCGAACCGCUGUCUGAGAGACACCCAGUGCCCGGGGGCCAAGAAGUGCUGUAAGGGCGCCUGUGGGCUGGCCUGCUUGGAUCCCCAGUGAGCCAAGUGGAGCCUGUCCUUGCUGUACCUGCGAAGUCCCCAGGGCUGCCGGUCCCAGCCCCUGUCCCCCAGCCCUCUCCCGCCGUGGACAUUCCACCUCUCGCUCAGGAUGCCCAAGUCUGGGCUUGGCUGCUUCUCUUACUGACUUUGCAAUAAAAGACCACUUUCUGCUCCA